AUGGCAAAAAGGUUUAAGCAAUGCAUGCAACCUCUUGGUUUGCUAGCUGCCAAUACUACCAUUGCAAUCACAAAUCCUGUCAGCCACAUUCUUGCAGUGGACAAUACUUUGAACUUUCAUUUUUCAGCAAACAGUGUUGAAAUGCAAGGACUUGUCCAGGGGGUAAGAUCUUGCCAGGAAACCCUCAGAGUGGCAAUUCUAAGGCAUCCUCAUGUCAGAGACAUAAUUGAGAGGAGAAAGAUAUUAUCACAUUCUGGAUGUGUGACCUCCUCUCCUCCAGUGGGAGAGAAAGGACUAGAGAAUUUAACAGUGGCAGAUGUACUGGUGACAAAGGGAGAAGAAAAGCUUGGCUCUUGGCUCUGGUGCCGCACCACUGACACCGUUUAUGAUGCUGUGAAGAAUACUUAUCUGAGGAAGAUAAUAGCACAAGGGAGAUCAUCUAAAUACACAAGAGUUGGGGAAAUUAUGACAGAUGAGAACAAGUUAAUAACUGUGGCAUCUGACACAAACAUUCUACAAGCAAUGAAGCUGAUGACAGACAAUCACAUUCGACAUGUUCCUGUCAUAGAUGGAACGAUAGCUGGGAUGGUUUCCAUGGUAGAUGUGGUUCGAGCUGUGGCAGAGCAGCAGGGUCGAGAAUUGAAGCGGCUGAACGAGUUCAUUAAAGGAAUAGAAUCUAACAAUAUCAAUGUAUGAAAGCUUCCUGCUUGUAGGGAUAACAUGUCUUCAGAAUCUACUCGCAUCAAGAUCUCUUUAAAUCUCACAUAGAAGAAAAGAAAAACUUGGAUCCAGAAACUGUCAGGCAUGAAUGGUGGGAUUGCGCGUGUGCAUGAUUGCUGUGUGAGCAUAACCUCAACUCGUAAGAUCAGUCAAAGAAAAACAUAGGGUACGAAGAUGUCUAUGGGCAUGCCUCCAGUCUUGUGUGGAUAAUGUGUAAGAGCGCAAGGCAAUCCAGCAUCUGACAGAGAAAUAUCAUAGCGCAUGUAAAGCAACACGUUUAGCUAAUACAAAAUGAACCAACCUGCUUCUUUCAAUUAA